GGAUUUAGCAUUAAUUUUCUCCCAAACCCCACGGAUCGAGAAACCUGCUGGGAUUCUGAGGCGAGAGUUCCCAGCCCUCAAUCCCUAUAUCUAUAGCGGAGGAUGGAACUGAGCUUAUUAAUUGACAUCUUGCAAACUGGUGACCAGGAUGCGGUACAGAACGCACUGCUAGAAUUCAACAGAGAGUAUGCUCAGAGCUUCUUUUUCAAUGCAGAGGAGAGAGAGGAGAGAAAGAAAAUCGGGGAGCUGCUGAUCGAUUCGCUGAGCUGGGACCUUCAGCCCUGCUGCCGGCUGGUGAUCCUGGAGGCGAUUCGCAUCCUGUCACGGGACAAGCACGGCCUGGCGCCCUUCGCCCGCACCAACUCGAUGCGCCUGCUGGCCCGGCUGGCCGGACUGGAGGCCACGGAGGACGGCGGCCUCCUUCCGGAAGCUUCCGACGGCGAGGUGGCCUGCGAGGCCCUCAAGUGCCUGUGCAACACGGUCUACAACAGCGAGGAGGCCCAGGGCAUGGCGGCUGAGGAGGUGCGGCUGAUCGGCGGCUUGGCCCGUUGCCUGAAGGCAGACGGUGGGGCACCAGAUACCGGCCGCCGCGGCAUCACCCGCUUCUACGAGCUGCGGCUGACCUUCCUGCUGACCGCCCUGCGGCUGGACAUCCGCAGGCAGCUGGCCCACCAGUUCCACGGCGUGGCCUUGUUGGCGGACGCCCUGGAGACCACCCUGGGCCUGCGGUGGCUGGAUGUGCACGAGGUGGCCGCCUCACGCUCCGGGGAACCCCUCCCACGCGAUGUGACCGAGCGAGCCAUGGAGAUCCUCAAGAUCCUCUUCAACAUCACAUUCGAGACCAGCAAACAGCAAGUGGAUGAGGAGGAUGCUGCUCUCUACCGCCACCUGGCAGCCAUUCUGCGCUACUGCCUGCUGACUGACAGUGACAGCAAGGAGCAGACACAGGAAUUUCACGGCCACACAGUCAAUGUCUUGGUCAACCUUCCGUUGAUGUGUUUGGAUGUGCUCCUCAUGCCAAAGGUGGAACCGGGAUCUGUGGAAUACAUGGGGAUGAACAUGGACACAGUGGAGGCUCUGCUAGACUUCAUGAACAGGAGAUUGGACAGGGGUCUGAAACUGAGAGAAUCUCUGACUCCUGUCCUCAACCUCCUGACAGAGAGCUCCCGUUACCACCGAGAGACUCGCAAGUUCCUGCGUGCCAGGGUGCUGCCCCCUCUCAGGGAUGUUACGAAUCGCCCAGAAGUGGGGGAAGCUUUGCGGAACAAGCUGGUACGCCUGAUGACACACGUCAACACAGAUGUGAAGCACUGUGCCGCCGAAUUCCUGUUUGUGCUGUGCAAGGAGAAUGUUUCCCGUUUUGUGAAAUACACGGGAUACGGGAAUGCAGCGGGAUUGCUGGCCGCUCGUGGACUCCUGGGGGGAGGUAAAGGAGAUGGAAAAUAUUCCGAGGAGGAGGACACUGACACAGAGGAAUAUAAAGAGGCCAAACCAAAUAUAAACCCAGUGACAGGGCGAGUCGAGGAGAAGUUGCCGAACCCCAUGGAUGGGAUGACGGAUGAACAGAAGGAAUAUGAGGCAAUGAAGCUCGUCAGCAUGUUCGACAGACUAUCCCGAGAACAGAUUAUCCAGCCAAUGGGAGUAGGCUGUGAUGGGAAGCUCACACCAUUGGACGAGACGGUGCAACAAAUGGCUGAACAGAUAUCAUUCCAUUCGGACUCUGAUAUGGAGUUAGACUGAGAGGAUAUGACCGAAAUGUUAAUAACACGUGGAAAUAGACACUGGUGACCUUCCAAUGGCCAGCAAUGAACUCAUUGGGAUUGGGGCACAGGGAUAUUCAUCAACAAACUGUGAAGAACAUUCUUCAAAGGGCGAAGACAUGCAGAGAUAUUUAAAACAGGAGCUAAACUUUCAAUGCAGACUUUAGCAGAGGGAGAGGCAAUUUUAGACUUUAGGGCCUUUUGCUAAUCUCUGUUUUGUGGGCUCUCUUUGUUAUAAUUUUAGGUCCCUGCUUUCAGUUUGUUAUCAGUAGUCAAUGUUCAGCAACAAGAGUAAGCUUAUCUUUCUAAGUGCGCUAUUCUCUCAGCUUGACCUGAAACGCUUCAUGUUUCCUCGGGGUUUUGUGUGGGGUCUGGUGUUGAUAGAGAGCAGUGGAGCCGCUCACUAGGAAAGUUAGACUUGCUGUAAAUUGUGUCCAUAAUUCACUGUGAGUGUGUCUUGCUGAUGAUUUGAAGCCCCCUUCUGAAUUCUUUUGUCCCUUCCUUGGAGAUGCUUCUUAAUACCUGCCUCUUUGACCAGGCUCAUAGUCACUUCGAGUGAUCGGGUCUUUAACAGCACAGAGAAAGGGCCUGUGUAUCCACAUUGGUCAAUAGGUUUCUAUCUAUUCCAAUUCUAUUGCCUGGCACUUAGCCCUUGGUCCUGAAUGCAGUGCUGUUUCAAGUGUUAGUCUAAAUUCUUCUCCAAUGUUAUGAAAGUUCCUGCCUCUACCACCCCUUUCAUCCUGGGGGUGAAAAAAUAUUUUCCUCUAAAAUUUCCCCUCUAAAUCUUCUUCUCCUUACCUUAAUAACUCUUCCCUCUGGGAUACGGGCCGGGAGCAGGCAGAUGGCACUGGUUUAGUUGGGAUUAUGUUCAGCAUGGACUGGUUGGGCCAAAGGGUCUGUUUCUGUGCUGUAUGACUCUAUGACUCCACUCUGUCUACCCCUCUCAAAACUGUGUAACACUACAACCUUCUGCCUUCUUGUCCUAACAUGUCUUCUGUGACAUUUAAUUUGAGAACACUCCCAUGGGACCUCUCAGAAUGUUAAGAGCACUAUGUUGACUCUCACAUUCCACGCACUUGCCCCUCUCUCGAAUGAUUAAUUGCCCCAUUUCCCAUACCGUCUCCUAUGGGAGGUUUGGGGAGAGGCUAUUAAUUUCCAAACAUUUCACUUCCUCCUACUGGGGAGCUCAGAGAUCUGCCACUGCAUUAUGACCUCUCGCAGGUCAUAGUCAACACAGAAACAGACCGUUCGGUCUGACACGUCCAUGCUGACCAGAUAUCCAACAUUAAGUUAAUCUAGUCCCAUUUACCAGCAUUAAAUCCAUAUCCCUCUAAACCCUAUUCAUAUAUUUGUACCUGAUAGGUCAAUGCUUGUGUUAGCUUCUGUAACACAAGAUCUGAAUGUGGGUAAUAUGUUAUUGAAAGGUUCAACAGAUGCUUAUUACAGUUCCAGAUCUAUUAUAUAUUUUACAGUCAGAGGCAUCCCAGUGCCUGGGCUAACUUAAGCUAUUUGGUUACAAGAUGUUACUGAGACCGUACCGUGGGUAUUGUGUUCAGUUUUGGUCCCUUUUCUUAGGGAGGGAUGUAUCUGUAUUGGAGGCCGUUCAACAGAGGGUCACUAGAUUGAAUCCACAGAUGAGGGGUUUGUCUUAUGGGAGAGAGAUUGAGUAGUUAAGACCUGUGCACUCUGCAGUUUAGAAGAAUGAAAGGAGACCUAAUUGAAGUACAGACAGUCCCUGGGUUGCGAAUGGAUUCUGUUCUGGAGUCCAUUUGCAAACCGAUUUGUGUGUAAGUCAGAACACAAUGCAGGGGAAUAUAAAGUAGCACAGGAAAUGUUGUUAUGUUGAAUUUUCUUGGGUUCCAAUCCUAAUGAGUAAAGGACUAAAAGCUU